AUGAAUAUAGAUGUUGUCGUGCUCCAAUGGAUCUACAAUACUCUAUCCGCUGACUAUCUCCUUCGGGUCCUUGAAGAGCCAUCCACGGCUCUCCAAGCCUGGAAUCAGGUCAAGGAUAUCUUCCAUAACAACAAAGGUCCUCGUUGUGUAGCCCUUCAAUCUCGGUUUGUGAAUCUGAAAGUUAGUUCUGUGUCUUCUUUGGAAGCCUACUGUCAAGUCCUUCAGGAUUUGGCAGCCCAGUUAGAUGAUGUGGGCAGUCCUGUUAACGAACAAAACCUCGUUUUGCAACUUGUUCGGGGUCUGCCUUGGGAGUACGACACCAUCAGCUCUAUGAUCAAUCAUGAACUUCCUUCUUGGAAUGAGGUAUGUGAGAUGCUUUGUCGUGACAUGAAAAGACAAGCUGCUCGCGAUGGUACUGCUACUAAUUCUGAAGCGCAUGCUGUUGUAACCCCCACGCCUCGCCGUGAUUGUCCCACCCAUGAUAACCAGCCCACUUGUAAUAGCUCCGGUCGCACCCGUUUUGGUCAGAUCUAUGGCCCAAAUCGUCGUGGUGGCCCACGCCGUGACAACCCAACCCACAACCAAAACCAAUCUACCCAAAACUAA